AUAAAGUAUAUAACAAGCCUCUAGUCUUGCUAUAUACGCUACUAUCGCGAUUAGGUGCGUUUCAUUUUCAUCUAUUCUUCGAUUCGGUGUGCCAGUGUGGUGGGAUUUUGUUUACCUUACUAGAAGUUUCAAUUGGACUAACGCACAUAUGUCCCAGAAAAAUAUACCCAGAUAAGACCUCUAUUUAGGGCCAGUAUUGCCACAAUAGUCGAUGAUGUCGUGCGUCGGUAUAACAUAUAAAUACAUACGGAGAGCGCUCCUGACGAGACUGCCCGCCGAAACCGCGUCGAGUACGGCAACCUGACGCACGCGCACCCGGAAAGUACAUACAACAAUUUAAAUUGUCCAAAAACAAAUUAUAACAUCCACCGAUCUUAUACAACACGUCCAAUCAUGAAUGAUGCAGAGUUAUAUCAGAAAAGCAACACCCUACAAAAAAGGGACGCUUUCGAGUGUCUGGAGGAGUAUGCACAGAAAAUCAAGUGGAAGAAGGAUGCGUCUAUCAUAGACAUUGGCUGCGGGGAUGGAAGCGUCACAACUGGCGUGCUAAAGAACUUCUUGCCUCGUUGCAAGAAGGUGGUAGGCUGUGACAUAAGCGAGAAAAUGGUACAGUUCGCAAAUAGGAAAUACUCUUCACAUAACGUCAGUUUCACAGUGAUUGAUAUUAAGGGUGACUUGCCGGACCAGAUGCGGGGCGAGUUUCACCACGCUUUUUCCUUUUAUACACUACAUUGGAUAAAACAACAAGAGAUCGCAUUUACAAAUAUUUAUAAUCUCCUGGAUGAUGGAGGUGACUGCUUAUUGAUUUUUCUUGGGCACAUGCCGCUGUUCGACGUGUACAGAAUCCUUGCGCGCACCAAUAGAUGGAGCUAUUGGCUAAAGGACGUUGAUAAAUUCGUAUCUCCGUACCAUGACUGCCAGGACCCUGAAAAAGAAAUAAGAAGGAUGAUGUGCAAGAUCGGUUUUGUUAACGUGGAAGUUCAAUAUAAACCAAAGUCAUUUGUAUACGACAGUUUGGAAGCUGUAAAAAAAGCUGUAAAAGCCGUAAAUCCAUUCAAAAUACCUGAAGAAUUACAUGAAGAGUUUUUGGAAGAUUAUAUAGGCAUUGUACGAGAUAUGCAACUCAUAGAUAAAGUUAACAACAACUUCGAAAAUUCCAUUUCAAUUAGGGCAAACUAUAAUCUCAUUGUUGCAUAUGGGAAAAAGUAAAUAAUUAAAUUCAUAUAGUUUUUUAAGUAGAUAGACAUAUACUAGUCCAUAAAAAGGUGAGGUUCUUUGCAACGAUUAUGGUUAUUUAUUUAGAUAUUUAAGUAAUUUAUUAAUUUGUUUUAAAUAUAAUAAGCGAUGAAUUGAUGUUUAUUUAAAACUGUAGAUUAGGUGUGUACGUGAAAUGUAAUUUAUUUUUUAGUUUAAAAGGUGAUUGGUAGACUAAGUAUCUAUUAAAAUAUAUUAUUAUAUUAUUAUUAUAUUGGUUACAAAACUUUAGUCUUAAGAAAAAUUGGUACAAACCGAAAUAUCGGCAAAUUAUAUUUUGUUAAAUGAAAUCAUUAAAACUUGAUAAAUAGCGAUAUUGUAUUUCGCUGGUAUAAUAAACUCAAAUAUUUAUUAUAACUAACGAUACCAAAUAAAAAAGAGUUCGAUAAAACUUUAAAGUAAAAUUUUUAGCUGUAGGUACAUUAUUUUUUACAUUAAUAUAUUAUAUUGCCUCCCACCGCACUAAUAUUAGGUUAUUUUAUGUGAUGAGUAAAUUGACGUUAAAAAGUGAUUAAAAUAUCAUAGCUUAUACGAGUUUUAUCUGUCAACAAAUGCUUUGUCAUUUUUAUUCCAACUUAUGAACAUACAAGUAAUUUACGUCUAUAAAGAAAUGUCUAUGUACUUAUUUUUUUGUUAAGGAUAUAAAUACUGUUUAGAAUUUAUUAUUGGACAGUUUUAAUGUCCAUUACAAUGCUAUAUGAAUUGUUGAUGAAUGAUUUGUCAUUUGAGAUAUUUGUCUAUAUGUAUUGAAUAUUGAUCGACUUUAGUAUUUACAAUAAAUAAGUUUGUUUCAUUUCUAAUUUAAUUAAAUACUGCCUAGUUUCUCUGUGCAUACUAGUACUUAUAGAGUGUGUAUACGAUAAAUAAUCAAACGAUAAAUUUUGAUCAAAACUAUGUUUACAUUCGAUAAAGAAAACGAGAUUUAAUUGAGAUGAUCAAUGCCAAUAAUUUAUUUGGAACAAUAAACUUCUAUAUUAAACUACGCAAAUAGCAAGUAUUUAAUCAGGCGCAUUAAAAUUGUAUUAUUGCGUAUAUAUAAAUAAGUUUUUAUGGUGGCUAUGUUGCAAUUAUCAAUGUAUAAUUUUUACCUUACUAAAAUUAAGCCACACAAUCCGGGUUGAUAAAAAUUAAUUAAAAACGAAAAUUCACACAUACCUACACACUUUUUAAACCUUCCCCGGCGUGAAAUAGUAGCAUGAUAAUGUGUUUCAUUCGGUGAGUGGGGUAACUGGAGGCCCAUAUCCUUUUCCUUACCCUUCCCAGUCCUUUCUAUUAUACCUCUGGUCAAUCAUUUGCGAGGACUGCAAUCGACCUUGCGCCUCUCCAUAUGUUCAUGGGCAGUGCUGCCGCUUGCCAUCAGGUGACCCACCAGCUCCAUCGCUGACUAUAACGUAUAAAAACAGACUUCAUUCAAAAAUUACUUUGCGUCAUUUCUUGCUCCAAUAAAAAAAAAAACUACGCUAUUCGUAGCAAUCAGUAGUAUUAUUACCAUGUACCUUCGAUUAAGAUAUUGCGCAUUAUUGCUAAAUUGAACCAACAGGCGCUGAAAAUUUUACAUAAAAUACGUAAAAUAAAACAUUAAUUAAAGAAAAGUUCAAAUAAUAUAGAUAUUAAUUAUAUUGCCUUAUACUUACCCUUCCCAGUUCAAUAUUUUAUUCCCGCUUCCAACUAUUCCUUAAUUCUUAAAUAUAUCAUUAAACGACCAACCAGCUCGAAAACCUACUCUUCCCAAUAUAAACCCAAAUCCUUAUUUCUGCUCAAUUAUGGAAUUCUAAAGCAAAAGUGGUUUUAUAUUCAUCCAAUAAUUAGAAACAAUUAUAUUACCUUAUUUAAAAGUACCGGCAUGUAAAAUAAAAAGUUCCAAGUUUGAAAUAUAGCUUUAGAUUCAGAAAAAGUCAUAAGUAUUAUAAAGUAGUUGUAACAUUUUACCAGUAAUAAAUCGCUAUUUUAUAUUCUUAUUUACCCAUUAUAUCUACCCAUCAAUCGUCAAGAUAUUUGCAAAGAGAUAAUAAUGUACGCAAUAUUGAAUAAUAUAUUGUGUAAAUAUCUUGAAACUAAGAUUAUAUCUAUUGGUAUUCAUAUAUUUGUUAUUCAUAUAAAAAGGUUUCCGUAAAAGUAUCUACAUCUACUGACUCUUUGUUUAUGAAGUGAUAAGAGGUCAAGAACAUCCUUGACAUAUAAGUAUAAUGUUUACUCUAAGAUGGAUAUAAGAUUACAGGUAUAAAAUUUGUUAUAGUUUGGU